UCAUGAUGAAGACUCUUGUAUUGUUCUUUAUGACUCUCAGUGUUUGUGUUCUGGCUAUGCCAAGUAUGUCAAUAGCUGUAUGUGUUAAUGUAUGUUCAUUGUAUGUUAUUUCUAUGAUAGGCACAAAGUCUUACAACAAUGAUCAUUACAGUAACAGAAACAAAGUAACAAACAUGAAUAACGAGACUUCACCGCCAGAAGAAGGAACAUCACUUUUACAAGAAAUUGAUACAGAUAUUAAACUUAAACUUGAAGGAAACGAUAUUUGUGCUUACGAUAGGGGAUCCAAGGUCCUCUGUGUUAAUGUUAAAAAGGCAUGUGGAACAAAGUUUUUAGCUGCUUAUACUAUUGGUUGUGCUGAUGAUGAGGAGCGGUUUGCUGGAAAUUGCUUUAAGAAAUGUUCACUUCUUGCUAAUAAAGAUUUCCCAUUACGCACAACAAGCUGGACAUGUGCAAGGAAUGGAUGCACUUCAAGUCAGGAAUAUGAUGCUGGUCUCUGCUAUCCUAAAUGCAAAGAGUACUACAUCGGAGUUGCCACCCUUUGCUGGGGAUAUUGCAGCAAAUUCUGUGGAAAAGAUUACAGUGACAUGGGUCUAUACUGCUACCGGUGGUGGCCACCGCAUAGCUGUUACAAGCCAAGGUAUGAUAGAGGUGUUGGGAGCCUCCCUUACCAACCCUGGACCAAUGGACUGGGAUGCAGUGGGUUUGGUGUGAAUAAUGAAGGAGGAUGUCCACUUGAAGAUAUCUCAUAUAUAGCACCCAUUGAUCUUGGAUGCAACAAGUAGUGAACUGGCUUAGUAUAAUAAGUGCAUGUAGAAGCAAUAAUUAUAGGACUUUUUGUUAGGACUAUUUUUGUUAGGCCUUUUUUGAUUAUUUUUGGUGCUUCUCUUUUCAUGCAACUUUUCCUAAAUAAUUAUUAUUGAAAUCUCA